ACUCCGUCAGUGGUAAACCAGAACUCGAAUCGUCUAGUAGGAACAAUGUUCGAUUUAACGGGCAAGAAUGUCUGCUAUGUGGCUGACUGCGGCGGAAUUGCGCUGGAGACCUGCAAGGUGCUGAUGAGCAAGAAUAUUGCUAAACUAGCUAUGUUGCAUAGCGUGGAGAAUCCUCAAGCGAUUGCACAACUCCAAGCAAUUAAGCCCAGCACGCAGAUAUUCUUUUGGACCUACGAUGUGACCAUGGCAAGAGAGGAUAUGAAGCAAUAUUUUGACGAAGUCAUGGUACAAAUGGACUACAUCGAUGUUCUCAUCAAUGGAGCAACCCUCUGCGAUGAGCAGAAUAUCGACGACACAAUCAACACAAAUCUCACUGGAAUGAUGAACACCUGUGCCACGGUGCUGCCCUACAUGGAUAAACAGCAACUGGGCAAGGGCGGGCUGAUUGUGAAUGUGACCUCUGUGGUUGGAUUGGAUCCGUCCCCUGUUUUUUGUGCCUACAGUGCCUCCAAGUUUGGAGUCAUUGGCUUUACGCGCAGCCUGGCGGACCCACUGUACUAUACUCAGAAUGGAGUGGCUGUAAUGGCGGUUUGCUGUGGACCAACCAAAAUGUUUGUCGAUCGGCAACAUACCGCCUUCCUCAGCUAUGGACAACCAUUCGUCGAUCGUCUACGCACAGCCCCUUGCCAAACGACCUCUAUAUGUGCCAAGAAUAUUGUGAAGGCCAUCGAAUGUGCUGACAACGGUCGAAUAUGGAUUGCGGACAAGGGUGAACUAGAACUGGUCAAAUUACAUUGGUAUUGGCACAUGGCUGAUCAGUUGGUCAACUAUAUGCAUAGUCCCAGCGAAGAUAAGGACGACGAUUAAGGCAGACUGUCAACGGGGAUGUAUCUGUAGUUCUAUUCCAAAAAUAAAUGAUAAUGUGAGUGUGCCUAAAGUAUGCUUUGUAUUUCUAAUCAAAAACAACCCCAAGUA